AUGAGUGCUGUGACAGUUACGGCCGGGCGGUGGAGGGCUAUGCGGACGAAGAUUGGGGGCUCAGCUCAGGCGGUGCUCGGCGCGCGGCGGCGGCGGCGGGAGAUGGUGGCUGCUCCCGUCGUUGAUUGCCGCGACGAUGGCGGAGCUGGUGGCGGUGGGCUCAGCUUUGAGAAGGAAGAAGCAGGGACGUCGCAGUGCGCCCAAGCUGACAUCUAUCCAACCGCACGCCUUAACACCACCUGGAUUGCAACCACUUCUGAUCUCAAUUAUAUCCAGUUCGAUUUGGCCGGUGCUAAUGUGAGCGUGAUCCCUGUUCUUCUGCGGGGCCAUAGUGGAUUGUCAUUCGCCUGUGGCUUCUAUAGCCAAGCUUUUGCAGAAAGUUACGUUUUCGCCAUUUUCAUUGUUCAAACCGACCAGCGCUCUAUUAUAAAUGCGAACAUGGCUCCAGCAUUGGUAUGGUCCGCUAAUUGGAACCGUCCUGUUGGAAACCAGGUUACUUUGGAGCUCACAGAAGGAGGAGAUUUGGUAUUGAAAGAUGCCGAUGGUUUUGUGGCAUGGUCAACUCAAACUUCUGGUAAGUCUGUUGCUGGCAUCAACUUGACAGACACCGGAAACCUGGUGAUGUUCGAUGAGAACGACGCUGUGGUGUGGGAGUCCUUCGACGACCCUAAGGACACGCCACUCCCUGGACAGAAAUUGAGGGUGGGGCAGACAUUGAUCCCUAGUGAUUCUGCGUACUUGAAGUUCGAAUCUGAUGGACAUCUGAUGGCGUAUCAGCAGCAUCAAAAUGGGCGGAGUACGACACAUGAUGUUGUAACAGACCAAUCAGGGAAGUGCGGUUAUCAAAUGGCUUGUGGGCCUUAUGGGAUUUGUGGUGCAGAUGGGAAUUGUAGCUGUCCGGAUCGCUACUUCAAGCCAAUAGACGAUUCAAAUCCUAGAUUCGGGUGCGCCGAAGUGGUUCCUUUGUCUUGUGAAGCUUCGCGAUUCCAAAGCUUUUUGCGCUACGGCCAGUCUAAUUACUCCAGCAAUGAGGGGGGAGACAUCUCCCGAGGCAUCGUGGGCCUUGGACUUAUGUGUGAGGAGAGCUGCAGAGAGGCUUGUGCAAAUAACUGUUUGUGUCGAGCGGCUGUUUUUUUCUCCGAGGAAGGACCAACUGAAAUUCCAGGUGCAUGCUUCUUAGUAUUUCGGAUUCCUCCAAGUGAACCUCCUGAUUAUCCCAAUACAGAUAAGCCUCACGUUUUUGCUAUAAACAGUGUUCAUGAAGACGGAGAGGAGAAAAGCAUCGGUGAGACCGAAGAGGACUAUCUUGAUCAAAUACUCGGAGCACCUAAGAGAUUCAACUAUGAUGAAUUGAAAAUCAUCACCGAGGAUUUCAAUAAGAGGCUUGGUGAGGGUGGAUUUGGCUCUGUUUAUGAAGGGACUCUAGCUAAUGGCACCAAAGUCGCCGUGAAGCACCUCAAAGUUUUAAGCCAAACUAAGAAAUCUUUUAUUGCCGAGGUUGAGACCGUUGGCAAUAUCCAACAUGUGAACUUGGUAUGACUUGUUGGAUUUUGUGCCGAGAAGUUUCAUAGACUACUGGUCUAUGAAUACAUGUCCAAAGGGUCCCUAGAUAAAUGGAUCUUUCAAUCAGAUGAGUCACUCAUGCUUGAUUGGCAACAAAGGAGGAAGAUCAUUAGUGACAUAGCAAAGGGUCUAUGUUAUCUCCAUGAACAAUGUAUUCGGAAGAUCGUCCACAUGGACAUUAAGCCCCAAAAUAUACUCUUGGAUGAAAAUUUUAAUGCUAAGGUUGCGGAUUUUGGAUUGUCUAAGCUAAUUGAUAGGGACCAAAGCCAAAUUCUGACCACAAUAAGGGGAACUCCAGGCUAUUUGGUGCCAGAAUGGCUACACACAUCAAUUACUGAGAAAGUAGAUGUCUAUAGCUUUGGUGUGGUAAUUCUAGAGAUAGUUUGUGGAAGGAAAGUAUUCAAGGAAUCUCUAAAUGAGGAAGAUAUGCACUUGUUAGGAGUUUUCAAGAGAAAGAACGAAGAAGGACGGCUGUCAGAUAUAAUUGAUAAGAUAGUUAAAGAUAUGCAACUAAACCAGCCUCAUGUGAUCGACAUGAUGAGGCUCGCUGCAUGGUGCUUGCAAGUUGAUUUCAAAAAGAGGCCUUCUAUGUCGACAAUCAUUAGAGUCUUGGAAGGAGUAGUAGAAGUUCCAAGUGACCUAAAUUAUAACUUCCCAUAUCCCACCUUCAUGAAUGACAGUAUAAGGAUUGGGCAAGAAGAUGUUGAAUUUGGUGCUACUAUUUCUGUGGUACCCUCUAUUUUAUCUGGCCCUCGGUGA